AUGGCGAAGCUUCGCGGCUUCAUGAUCUUUCUUUUGAUAUCAACCAUCGCCGACGCAAAUCUCGCCACGUUCUGUCACUCUGCUGUCGAGCCAUCGUUGACCUCAUUCUCGGACGACGGAUACUUGCAGACUCUGGCAACGACUCGAGCUCCCCAGGAGCCUGAGAGCGCUCCGGCCGGGAAAUUCCUGCUAGAAGAGAAGGCCAGCCAGAAGCAGGAUGAUAUAGCCCUUCACCAGAUGUGGGCGAGACAGAACCUCACACCACCCGUUGAAGCGACAAUUCAAGUCACCACCGUCACUGUUGUCCGAACGGUGACUGUCGAGCUUGCUAGCCGAACCGAAGUGAUCUGGGCGCCUCUUCAGCAGACCUUGACUUUCAUCAAUCCCACCCUGGUCUUCGAGACGAAUAUCGUUACCGCGUCGCAACCUCGAAAUAUUGCAGUGAGAGACGCGGCAGACGCCAUCGCAUCGGGUCAAACGGCGAUUUCCGAAAUAUCCUCGACCGACACGCACUAUCUUGAAGGUGCUGGCUUCUCAUCGCACCGGACUCCUGUUCGGAGGCAGACCCCAGCUUCAAUCAAUAGGGUUUCCGUAGUCACCAUCGAGAUCACGACCACAAUAGUGGCGAGCGGCACCAUCGUCCGCACUGUCACCAUCUUCGAACCUACAUUCGUUUCUGUGACGAAGACGCCUACUCUGACGUCGACGAUCUUUACAACCACGACCCUUCCCAUUAAGGAUGGAGGUUCCAACUCACCUGCGAUCGCACCAUCUCCACCGGCUAGCCACAAGGUCAUUUCCAGCGAUGGCGCUCAGCAGACUCCAUCGUUUGUAGGCCUCAAAUCUUCUUCUGUCACGGCAACGACGCCAAAAGCCCUUGAACCCACAGAGCUUUCGGUCGUCUCCAACACUAUAGGCGCACCCGAGAGCAGUCGCAUCCGCUCAGAAUUCGAUACUCCUCGCAGUACCUUUACAUCAUCCUCAGUACUUCCGAGUCCAUCACCUGUGACCAAUGACGGUAACUCAGCGAGGGUUGGGCCCGCAGCGAGCAGUAGUCCCUCUAUGAGAUCAACUUCGACGACGGCUGUUCCACCCUUUACGGAAACUCUUCUUCCUCCAACUGAGCGCACUGCCAGGCCAUCGUUGAGUCCUGGAGUAAUCGCAGGCGUCGCUGUAGGCGCAACCUUUGCUCUCACAGCUCUGAUCCUGCUAUUCCUCUGCAUACGUCGACAAAGGUCCAAACGCAGGCGACAUCUUCAGUUGAACGAAGACGACCGUUACAUGACAUCUGCCAUAGCUGCUACCGCUAUGAUGAAUCGGCCGACAUCUAACGCUGUAGCCUACGAUCGACCUUGUCAUAUGCCGCGAACCGAAGGCAGCAGUGGCAAAAGUUCCGAAGAAGAGCAGGUGCGAAUUGUCAUUCAGCCCGUCCCCAAGAAAAGAAGCAUGAGCAGCGUGCUCUCGGCCAUACCAAAGGUUUGGCCUCGACCACCGGGAUAUACCGGCAAGGCAUACAGCUUUUCUGCAGGCGGGAGCGGCGAAACGACUCCAAGGGAGCCGGUAGGAUGGAGCGUUGAGAGCGAGUAUGGAAGCUCGGGCAAUCUGGAUGCAUCGCGAAGUGGAGGUUAUCAGGAAGCCAUUGCCUCGAAAGGGCCGGCAGCAACCCACUCCAGAGCAAAUGACAGAUGCGAGACGGAACUCAGCACACUGCAUCUAGUAGCCUAUCCCGAGGCCCUGCCCACCGAUUCGUAUGUCGCACUGCAGAAUACAGUUGGGAUGUUGCAUUGGCACAUCACCGGUGCGGGGUUCUUAAAUAAGCAAGCUUCAGUGCUAGGACAACAUACUGAGCAGGUCAAGAGAACUUUCGACUCAAUCGCUGAGCAGUAUGACUUUAUCGUAGUUGGGAGCGGAACAAGCGGCCUGGUCGUGGCCAACAGACUGAGCGAAGAUCCCGAAAAAACGGUAUUAGUCGUCGAAUACGGAGACUUUGCCAACACAAUCAACGUCACCGUGCCCUACUUUGCAACAUACGACCAGUCGGCGCGCCUCUACAACGUGACGUCGGUCCCUCAAACCCAUCUUGGUAAUCGAACAUCUCGCCUUCGUAUCGGUGCUGUGGUUGGCGGAGGCUCCACCGUCAACGGAAUGGCUUGGGACCGUGGCUCUGAAGCCGACUAUGAUGCGUGGGAGGCCCUUGGGAACCCCGGUUGGGGCUGGGCGACCCUUUUCAAAUAUUUCCAAAAGUCGUCUACGUUCGCGCCGCCUGUGGGUGAGUAUGUCGAGGAGUACGGGUACGAAUGGAGCGAGAAUGCGUAUGGCGAUGGUCCCAUUCAGGUCGGGUUUCCUUCGUGGCAGUGGCCAGAGUCUGCUCUCAUGGCACAAGCAUGGGCUCAGGACAUCAAAGCGCCCACGUUGAAAGACGGUGCCGACGGUGACAACGUCGGCAUUGCAUGGCUCCCGCAGAACUCUGGCGGUCCGAACGCGACUCGAUCAACCGCUGAGACUGCGUACUUCAAUCCAGUCAGCGCCCGCGAGAAUCUACAUCUGCUUAUACGUCACUACGGUGCAGCGAUAAGAUUUGAGGGCAACACAACAACCGGCAUAGUGAUUGGCAGCCGUGAUGGCUCCGAGACCAAGUUCGUGGAGUCUCGGAACGUGGUGCUCGCCGCGGGCGCAGUCCACACCCCUCAACUACUCCAAUUGAGUGGCAUUGGGCCUCAGAAGCUGUUGAAGUCAUUGGAUAUUGAGGUUGUGGUUGAUUUACCAGGUGUUGGUGCGAACUUCCAGGACCAUCCUUCCAUCUUCAUGGUCUACGAUUGUAAGUUGAACAGCCACUUUAGAACUCCUGUCAGAAAGCUCAUGUCUCUUUACAAAGUUGCAAACGACACAUCUAUCAAUCCCACCCUCAUGAACAACGAAACCUUCUACAACGAGUCCUGGGCAGAGUACGAAGCCAACAGAACCGGGCCACACACACACGCCUGGGGAAACCGCGUCGUCUUCACAUCCCUCCAAGACCUCGAUCCAGACAACUACCAAGCCAUCGCAGACGCCGUCACAACCCAAGACCCGCUGCAAUAUCUUCCUGAAGUCUACGCCGAGAACCCGGCACUCCUCGAGGGCUUCAACCGCCAGCGUGAGAUCCUGAGCCAGAGAUUCCGCAAUCCAAAGGCAGGCGUCAUGGAAUUUACCUGGGGCGGCGCGGAAUCCGUCCCCGUAGCCCUCCAGAAACCCCUCUCGCGCGGCACAAUCACCAUCAACAGCACGAACCCGGACCCCGGACCCUCCACCCCAGGCGCCGGCGGCGCACAAGUCGACUUCAACACCCUCUCGAACCCAAUCGACACCCUCCUCCUCCUCCGCGCCGUCGCCAAAGCCCGCGCCUUCAUGGCGAGUCCCAGCGUCGAGACGCUCGCCGCGGUGGAGAUCCUCCCGGGCCCGGGCGUCACCAGCGACGCUGAGAUUGAGACCCUCAUGCGGGAGUCGUGGCUGUCUUCGAGCCUCGAUCACCCGGUCGGCACGGCGGCGAUGAUGCCGCGGGAUCUGGGGGGCGUUGUGGAUAGUGGGCUGAGGGUGUAUGGCGUUGAGGGGUUGUGGGUUGUGGAUGCGAGCGUUAUGCCGAUGUUGCCUGCGGCGCAUACGCAGGCCACCGUGUAUGCUGUUGCGGAGUAUGCGGCUGAUCUUAUCAAGGGUGUUGGGAAGUGA